CCCAAGCCUCAGUUCUUCAUCAUCAUGGAGUACUGUGAGAAAGGAAGUCUUCGCCAGGUUCUGGACUCUGACCUCACUCUGACCUGGAUCAGGAAAGCUCACAUGUGUUUGGAUGCAGCACGAGGACUCUAUCGACUGCACAACACAGAGGAAAAAUGGAGGGUUCACGGGUCCAUCAACAGCAGCAAGUUCCUGGUGACUAAACACUACACCGUCAAGCUGGGAGGUUUCAGGCUGUCGAAAACAGAGACGUCUCUGAAAAGGCAGACGGAGGACAGAGCCGUGAGGUCGCUGUGCUACCACUGUCCCGAGAAGUUCCACGACGCCAGCUUCAGCUACUGCAAAGAGUGGGAGAUGUACAGUUUUGGAAUCAUCCUGUGGGAAAUUGUAACCUGUAAGAAUCCUUUUGAAGGUUUUUCAGAUGAAAAAAUUUAUCAGGAGGUGUAUGAAGAGAAGUAUCAAGAGCCGCUUCCUGAUGACUGUCCUGCAGAACUGGGACAGCUGAUCAACGAGUGCCGGGCCUACGACGGCUUCCAGAGGCCAUCAGCUGGAGUGCUGCUGGAUAAACUGCGCAGUGUGGUGACACAACUGGAGGAACAACAAGACUGAUUAGAAUCAUCCUGAAGAGGAAA